CCUCCCAUUAAUUUCCUCCGCUUCCGCUCCCUUUCUCCACCAAACAAAUAAUAAACCCCCGAAAAGGAGGAGAAGAGGCGAACAUCCCCGGGAAGGCUAGGGUUAGGGUCCCCGCUCCGCCCCCGUCGCCCGGGCGAGUGGCGAGAUGGCCGGCGCCGCCUCCCCGUCCCCGUUCGUGGAGAUCGUCAAGGGCCCCUCCGGCCUCGAGAAGGUCCUGCUCCGGGGCGCGCGCAACUGCUCCGCCGAGGUCUGUCUUUAUGGAGGUCAAGUAACUUCGUGGAAGAAUGACCAUGGGGAAGAGUUGCUUUUUGUCAGCAGCAAGGCUGUUUUCAAACCUCCAAAGGCCAUUCGUGGUGGUAUACCUAUUUGCUUUCCCCAAUUUGGAACACAUGGAAAUCUUGAACAACAUGGAUUUGCAAGGAAUCGAUUUUGGACUAUUGAUAAGAAUCCACCUCCUUUACCAGUAAAUCCUGCUAUUAAAGCUUUUGUUGAUCUGAUUCUGAGGCCUUCUGAAGAGGAUUUGAAGAUAUGGCCUCACAGUUUUGAGUUUCGUCUGAGAAUUGCUCUUGGACCUGCUGGAGAUUUGAGUCUCACAUCUCGAAUCAGGAAUACCAACACUGAUGGAAGACCUUUCUCUUAUACAUUUGCAUACCACACAUACUUCUCUGUUUCUGACAUAAGUGAGGUGCGUGUUGAAGGGCUGGAAACAAUGGAUUACCUUGACAAUUUGAAGGCAAAGGAGCGUUUCACCGAGCAAGGGGAUGCUAUUGUAUUUGAAUCAGAAGUUGAUAAAGUAUAUCUUGCCGCACCCCCAAAAAUUGCAAUCAUUGAUCAUGAGAAGAAAAGGACAUUUGUCUUGACAAAAGAAGGGCUUCCAGAUGCUGUUGUUUGGAAUCCUUGGGACAAGAAGGCAAAAGCUAUGCAAGAUUUUGGGGAUGGAGAAUACAAGCACAUGCUGUGUGUGGAGCCUGCAGCUGUUGAGAAGUCUAUUACCCUGAAGCCUGGUGAAGAGUGGAAAGGAAGACUGGCGCUCUCAGCUGUUCCCUCCAGUUACUGUAGCGGGCAGUUAGAUCCAUUAAAGGUCCUUCAUGGCUGAGAAUCCUCACUUUCUGCGCCUUGUACAGGAGAACUUCAUUGCCCUUACUAUUUGAUGCUGGGCUGGUGUCAACGCCGCUUCGACCUUUCUUCCCUCGCCAUUUCAUCCUCCAUAUUUGUCUCUUUUUUUUUGUAACUAGAAUUGAGUGGUAGGUCACUUCCGAAUAACAGACCGUGCCGGAUGCUGUGACCUUAGAGCGGGGUCAUCUCCUCGCUAAAUGAUAUUAGUGGACAAAUACUAGCAUCCGUGCCGUAGUUUCUGAUGACCCGUCGGGUCAUUCUGAUAUUAUUGCUGUGCUGCCUAAAUUCCUUAGCGUUUUGUUUGUUUCUGCUUUUACAGUUGAUCUGUAGAUAUGUUUGGGAGCGUGGAAUACUCAACUAGCUUGUGGAAGGCGGCAUGAAGUAGUUCAUUUCUGGCUGUUCC